AUGAGCGACAAAGAACAGAAAUACGUUGUCGACGCCGACGUCCGCGGCACCAACAAGGACGGCAACGUCGAUGUUCAAACCGGACACGUCUCUGAAAAUGCCGACAAGCUCAAGCGCCGCCUCAACAAUCGACAGAUUCAGCUUAUCGCAAUCGGAGGUUCUAUCGGUACAGCCCUUUUCGUAAGUAUCGGCGGGGGCUUGACAAAAGGAGGACCGCUCAGUCUAUUGCUUGCCUAUACUCUAUACAGCGGCCUCCUUGGUCUGGUCAACAAUUGCAUCGCCGAGAUGAUUGUCCUACAACCUGUUUCGGGCGGAUUCAUCCGUCUGGCCGGGAAAUGGGUGGACGACGCCUUCGGCUUCAUGGCCGGAUGGAACUUCUUCUUCUACGAAGCGCUUCUGAUACCGUUCGAAAUCACCGCUCUCAACUUGGUCCUGCACUUCUGGACCGAGGCCAUCCCCACUGCAGCCGUGUGCGCCAUCUGCAUCGUGCUCUAUGCGGCUCUGAACAUUCUGGCCGUGCGGGCCUAUGGAGAGGCCGAAUUCUGGCUCUCGGGAGGCAAGGUCCUCCUGAUCCUGAUGUUGUUUCUCUUCACGUUCAUCACCAUGGUCGGCGGGAACCCGGCUCAUGACGCGUACGGCUUCCGGUACUGGAAGAACCCUGGCCCCAUGGCGGAAUAUCAUACCAAAGGCGACCUCGGCCGGUUCGAAGGAUUUCUCGCUGCUCUGUGGUCUGCCUCAUUCACCGUCGUGGGACCUGAGUACAUUGCCAUGGUUGCCGCCGAAGCCAAGCGGCCACGCAUCUACAUCAAGAACGCAUUUAAGACCGUGUACUGGCGAUUCGGGCUCUUUUUCAUUCUCGGUGCGCUCUGCGUGAGCAUCAUCGUGCCCUACAACGACCCUACCCUUGUGGGGAUUGUCAACGGCACCACGUCGGGCGGCGGCACGGCCGCGGCGUCUCCGUACGUCAUCGCCAUGAAGAACAUGGGCGUGAGCGUGAUGCCGCACAUCACCAACGCCCUGAUGCUCACGAGUAUCUUUUCGGCCGGAAACACCUACACCUACUGUGCCACGCGCGGCUUGUACGGACUGGCGCUGGAAGGCCGAGCGCCUAAGAUCCUCACCACCGUGACUCGCAAGGGCGUGCCCAUCUACUGCUUCGGCAUCGUCAUGCUGUUCCCACUACUGUCCUUCCUCCAGGUCUCCAACGGUUCCUCUCAGGUCCUUACCUGGUUGGUCAAUUUGAUUACGGCCGGCGGCAUCAUCGACUUCAUCGUCAUGUGCGUCACCUACAUCUUCUUCUACCGCGCCUGCAAGGUCCAGGGUCUCGACCGCCACACCCUGCCCUACAGGGGAUGGUUCCAGCCGUAUUGUUCCUAUAUCGCCGUCACCGGCAUGACUCUCGUCGUCAUCUUUUACGGCUACUCGAGCUUCACCCCUUGGGACGUCGGCACCUUCUUCUCCUAUUACACCAUGGUCAUUGUCGCUCCCGUGUUGUUUGUCGGAUGGAAACUCGUCAAAAAGACCCGCUUUGUCCGUCCGCAUGAGGCGGAUCUCGUCUGGGAGAGACCUAUCGUCGAUGCCUACGAGGCCACUUUCAUCUCCGAGCCCAUUGGCUUCUGGACCGAAAUGUUACAAUUGGUGGGAUUCAAGCGUAACAAGAAAGACUUGCGCAACAACUCGAUAUAA